CCGGAGUUCCUGUAAGCAAAAGCCAUCACCCAAAAAAUGAUGCUCGGAGAGCACCAUCGAGCGAAUCCAACCGUCCACGUCCCACCGUGGCCAACCAACGAUGAUCCAAUGGCUGAGAUGUACUCUUCUUUUUUAUCAAACGACGUCAAUGCUGCCGAGUACUCUCCCUACUAUAUUCAAGAAGCGUUAACGGCGCUGCAGCGUUAUCUUCCUGCCAACGAGACUGACGCUGACUCGGACACCGAGGCUCAACCCGACGCGCCGGUGGACGCGUACUCCUGCGACCAUUUUCGCAUGUACGAGUUCAAGGUCCGUAGAUGCGCUCGUGGCAGGUCGCACGACUGGACCGAGUGUCCGUACGCGCAUCCCGGCGAGAAGGCUCGCCGCCGAGACCCUCGCAAGUACCAUUAUUCCGGCGCGGCAUGCCCUGAGUUCCGCAAGGGGAGUUGCAAGAAAGGUGAUACGUGCGAGUUCGCGCACGGCGUCUUCGAGUGCUGGCUACACCCUGCGCGCUACCGCACGCAGCCGUGCAAGGACGGAACCAGUUGCCGCCGGCGCGUGUGCUUCUUUGCGCACACUCCGGAACAGCUGCGUCUCGUUCCGAUGCAGAGUCCUCGCAGCUCGGGGGAUUCGUAUGACGGUUCUCCGAUGAGACAGGUUCUGCAGUCUUCGGCGUUCAUGUCGUCUCCGGCUGCUUCUCUUUCUCCACCGGAGUCUCCACCCGUGUCACCUUCUAUGAACGAGAUGGUGGCUUCUCUGCGUAAUCUGCAGCUUGGUAAGAUGAAAUCGAUGCCACAUAACAGAAACGUUUCUGUCGGGUCUCCGGGUUACGGGUCACCAAGAGGUUCCGUACUUCGACCCGGGUUCUGUAGUCUACCCACAACACCAACUCAGCAACCGGGUCGGUCUGGGGUGAACUAUUUGGAUAUUUGGGAGCGAAGUGUUGAGGAGGAGCCAGUGAUGGAGAGGGUGGAGUCUGGAAGGGGCAUAAGGGCAAAGAUGUUUGAGAAGCUGAGCAAAGAGAACUCCCUGGAGGGAUCGGGUCAGGGAAGUGGAGCUCCGGAUGUUGGGUGGGUUUCGGAGCUUGUGAAGUGAUUAUAGUUGUGGCGGGUUACUGAAAAAUGAAGAUUUAUUUUGGAUAAGGCGAGCAAGUAGCUGUAAAUAUGUUAUUUUGGUGGUAUGCAUGGGUGAAGUGAAGAAGAGGGUCUGUUUUUUUGGGGCAGUUUUCUUGAAAAAUCAAGAAUUUAAGACUUCUAUAUGCCAUUGAUUUGGAAGAUGAAAGAAAGUAUCCAUAACCUUUUGUAUAGCUAGCUUAUUAUUAUGGUUAAUUAUCAAUUAUCAUCACCAUGUUUUACUUCACUAGUGUGCGUUUAAUGUUACUCCUUUCACUACUAAUCUCAUUCAUGUACAAAUGUAUAAUAUGUAGGAUGAUCCAACCCCAAUCUGUUAUGCAAAUUGCUUAUGUAAUCUAUAAUAUUUUAUCAAAUUGUUUUGCUCUCUU